AUCUGUGGAGACUGAUGGAGGAGGAGGAGGAGGAGGAAGCGCGGGCGCUGCUGGCAGGCGGCCCCGAUGAAGCCCGCAGUGGAAUCCCCGCCGCCUCCCGGGCUCUGUCGGCCCUCCGCGACCCCACUCGCCUGGCGCACCGGCUUUUGGUGCUGCUACUGAUGUGCUUUUUUGGCUUCGGUAGCUAUUUUUGCAGUGAUAAUCCUGCUGCCCUUCAGACUCAGAUUCUGUGGGAUAUGCAGGUGAAUACCACAAAAUUCAUGGUGCUGUAUGCCUGGUAUUCGUGGCCCAAUGUAGUUUUGUGUUUCUUGGGUGGAUUUUUGAUAGACUGAGUCUUUGGAAUACGAUGGGGCACAAUUAUUUUUA